CUGACAGCUCGUCAAAAAACUUAACCACACUUUUUUUUCCUGACAGAUUUGUCAAUAUUUUUGUUAGGUAACACGAUUUUACUGGAGAAAUGGCUUCGAUUUUAAGGCAAAUUACCAAAACCAUUCGUUCUCCAACAGUACAAAAUGGAGUGGUAUCAAGUGUAACGAGACUUCAGAGCACUGCUGCUGACAAAGUUCCUCCUGCAGAGACUAGGCCCACUGUGAGGAAGUUUGACUUCAUUGCUCGCAGUCAACUCACUGAUUUCGGUAAAUAUGUUGCCGACUGCCUUCCAAAAUACAUCCAGAGAGUACAGAUCACUGCCGGAGACGAACUGGAACUGCUUAUAGUACCGGAAGGAGUCGUUCCAGUACUACAAUUCCUGAAAGACCAUCACAACAGUCAAUUCACUAACUUGACUGACAUUGCUGGCAUGGACGUACCUUCCAGACCUUACAGAUUUGAGGUAAUCUACAAUAUUUUGUCGGUAAGAUUUAACUCCAGGAUUCGUGUAAAGACUUACACAGAUGAACUGACUCCAAUAGACUCUUGCAAUGAGGUACAUAAAGCAGCCAAUUGGUAUGAAAGGGAAAUAUGGGACAUGUACGGAGUGUUCUUUGCUAACCAUCCAGACUUGAGAAGAAUUCUGACUGACUAUGGUUUCGAAGGGCAUCCGUUCAGAAAAGAUUUCCCUUUGAGUGGAUAUGUAGAGGUGAGGUACGACGAUGAGAAGAAGAGGGUUGUCAUUGAGCCCUUGGAACUGGCUCAAGAGUUUAGAAGGUUUGAAUUAUCAGCUCCUUGGGAACAAUUUCCAAAAUUCAGAAACGCCCCACCGGCAAUUGAAGAAGUAAAAACUGGAGAUAAACAAUAAUUAAGUAUAGAAAUUGUAUCAUAUUAAGUUAAUAAACUGUUUAAAACAUGAA